UCGAACCUUAUCAAAUACUAAAUUUGAAUUAAAAAACGUCGGACUAACUGUUUAAUUGUUUUUACUUAAAUAUAUAAUGUAUAUUCUAUUGAAUAUAUUUGGAAAAAUAAAAUAAAAUAAAUAAUACCCAACAAAACAGUCGAACUUAAUAUCCUAGUAGUUGAAAAAUGUUGUUGCUGUUAAAAGAGAAGUUCGAUAAUUUAAUUUUGUAAAACGAAUAUUAUUAAAAAAUACCUUAAUUUUCAAGUACUCAAGUGACUUAAUAUGGGAAAAGCCGAUAAAGAAACCAAUUACAAUGAAAAUAUCCGCGAUGAGCAAGCAACUAAAGAUUCUAUGCCUUUUCCUGAUGGUAAUGUAAAUGGUAUAAGUGGGAGAAGUCCUACAAAAGUGCUUAGACACUGCAACAAAGAAAAUGUAACCCAAAAUCAAGAUAUAUUGAAUGCGGUUUUUGAAUUAAGUAGUACAAAGGAAAAUGACGAGGCGAAAGAAUUCGGAACGUUAUUACUGUUGGGAGUAAUGUUGCUACUUUUUAUAAUAAGUAUUACUGGGUUUUUUAUAAUGUGGUUUACGGAAUUUUAUAAUGACACAAUGCUUUCGCAAUUAGUACUAAAAAAUAAUUCUGAAAUCGCGAAAAACUGGAUGGACCCAAAUCCUAAAUAUGACACACUACUGAAAGUGCAUAUAUUUAAUUACACUAACAUAGACAAAUAUCUCAAUGGUAUCGAUGAGAAACUCAAAGUUGAGGAUGUCGGUCCUCUUACGUAUAAAGAGCAUACAACAAAAGUUAACGUGGUCUUUAAUAAUAACUUCACCGUUACAUUCAGGGACCACAGAUCAUACAAAUUUUUACCCGAGAAAUCAAGUUGUGGAGAAUUCGAGAAAUUCGUCCUUCCGAACGUACCCCUAAUAAGCGCCUCUACUAAAAUCGAAAAAAUUAACUUUAUUAAGAAGCUUUUGGCGGUAACUACUAUAAACGCGCUUAAUGAAAAACCAUUUAGGUCUCUAACGGCGCAAGAAUUUUUAUGGGGAUAUCGUGAUAGAAUUGUAUCAAUGGAUAUUGGCACGGGUUCUACUCAUUUCGGUUUACUAAUGAAUCGAAACGGAACGAGCGUCGAUUCUCUCCAAAUCAACACUGGCGAAGAUGAUAUUAGAAAGUUUAGUAUAAUUACGCAAUUUAAUGGACACCCUCUUCUAGAUUUCUGGACAGAUGAGGAAUGUAACCGCAUUGACGGCUCAGAUGCAUCAAUGUUCCCACCUCAUAUUUUAGAUAAUAAGGAAGACUUACAAGUUUUUCUACAAGUGCUUUGCAGAAAAAUUCCACUUCAUUUUGAGAAAGAAGUGACAAUUCUUAACAACAUUGAUGCUUUGCGAUAUCGCACCCCACUCAAUGUUUUCUCUAAUCCCAAAGAAAACCCUGGAAACGCCUGUUAUUGUCACAACACCCAACUAUGUUUGCCCAGUGGAAUUAUUAACGCUACGAAAUGCUACAAUGGAGCGCCAAUAUUUCCUUCUUUUCCUCAUUUUUUUUCUGGUGAUCCUGAAAUUUAUAAAGAUUUUGAUGGAAUCAACCCAUCACAGGAAUUGCAUCAAACUUACGCUGAUAUACAUCCACGAUUUGCAUUUCCAAUAAGUGGAGCUUCACGAAUCCAAAUAAAUAUUGCAGUGCACAAAGGUCAACUUCUAAAAAGGAAAUUGGGGCGCAUAAAGGAAGGAACCGUUUUACCACUUAUAUGGAUAGAAAUUACAUCAGGUGACUUUACCGAUGAGGUAAUCGACAACCUUUACAUAAGCACAUUCGGGUUGAAUGCCAUACAAUAUGCUUUGAAAUAUGGCACUUUACUCGCUUGCAUUAUUUCAUUUGCAUUAAUUGUUGCGGGUUUCUAUAACCUAACACAAAAAAGAAGGCAGCACUCGAAUCCAAUUCAGAAUAAAAUUUUAGAAAAAUAAUAAUAAAUAAGUCAAAAAACCUGUUUUAUAGCUUAACUGAAUUUUUGAAAUAAAUAUUAGU